CGCUGAAAAGAACUACCAAUCGGGCGCGAUCAUCAUCCAGCUUUCUGAUGUUGAUGUCAAUAUGGCCUCUGUCAGACAGACAAAGGCAAGUCAGUCUCGCCUUUGACUGAAAUCAAACAAGGGGAAGAAACGCACCUCCGGGGCUCGGAAAAAGAAGAAACUCAGUGUGCGCGAAGUGUGUUGGGCGAAGCGGGGAACGAGAAUUACUGUGGAGCUGCUGUAAAAACCAUACUGUUAAAUGGUGUGCUGGAUACAGGCGCUGUCUGGAUUCACAGUGAAAGGAUGUCCCACUACACAGAUGAGCCGCGCUUCACCAUUGAGCAGAUCGACCUGCUGCAGCGGCUGCGGCGCACCGGCAUGACCAAGCAGGAGAUCCUGCAUGCACUCGACACCCUGGAGCGGCUGGACCGCGAGCACGGUGACAAAUUCGGCCGCCGGCCUGCCUACAGUGGCACUGGGCCUGAGGGCCCAGCUGGGGCCCAUGUCGGCACCGCCGCUGCAGCCUCCUUUUCAUCUACUUCUUGUUCAACUGCCUCCUCAUCCACUGCCACCGCCGCAACACAGACGCAGUUCCAUAGUGGCCUGUCGCCAUCACCCAGCAGCGGCUACGAUACCUCCCCACCUCCUCCAGCACCACCACCCGCCGUAGUGCCAACUGCUGCCAUCUCACUGGCCGUUGUGGCCCACAACGGGCGGGAUGGCCUGGCAGGUAUGCCCAACGGCAAGCUGUCCCCACCGCGUUACCCCACAGGUGGCUCCAAUGCCGCAGCGGUGGUGGCUGCACGCGCCUUGGGGUUCGAGACUCCCGAAGAGGAACUGGACAUUGACGACAAGGUGGAGGAACUCAUGAGGAGGGACAGCGGCAUCGUCAAAGAAGAAAUCAAGGCCUUCCUGAGUAAUCGGCGCAUCUCUCAGGCAGUAGUGGCCCAGGUCACAGGUAUCAGCCAGAGCCGGAUCUCCCACUGGCUUCUGCAGCAGGGCUCGGACCUCAGCGAACAGAAGAAACGAGCCUUCUACCGCUGGUACCAGCUAGAGAAGACCACCCCAGGUGCCACUCUGAAUAUGCGUCCUGCUCCCCUGGCCAUGGAUGAUGUAGAGUGGAGGCAGACUCCUCCCCCCAUCACCUCCACACCCGGCAGCUUCCGCCUACGCCGAGGGAGCCGCUUCACCUGGAGGAAGGAAUGUCUCGCUGUGAUGGAAAGCUACUUCAAUGAGAACCAGUACCCUGAUGAGGCUAAAAGAGAGGAAAUUUCCAAUGCCUGUAAUGCUGUCAUACAGAAACCAGGGAAGAAGUUGUCAGACUUGGAGCGCGUCACCUCUCUGAAGGUCUACAACUGGUUCGCCAAUCGACGGAAGGAGAUCAAGCGCAGAGCCAACAUUGAAGCAACAAUCCUGGAGAGUCAUGGCAUAGACGUACAGAGCCCAGGUGGCCACUCCAACAGCGAUGAUGUUGAUGGCAGCGACUUCACCGAGCAGGGCUGCGAUGUCAAUUAUUUUGACAAAAGACCAGCACCCAGAUCGUUUGGCUUCUACAGACUUGAACCUUCAUCACCAACACAGGAUGAGAGUACCAGCCAGAGUGACCACCAGGACCCUAUCUCACUGGCCGUGGAGAUGGCUGCUGUAAACCAUACGAUCCUGGCAUUGUCGCGGCCAGGCUCCACCCCUAGUGACAUCAAAACAGAGACACUGGACGAUGACUGAGCAGGCAAGCGCGGUGCUUGUGGGGAGGGGGCAAUGAAAGAGUGCAGCCGUCUUAUUCUCACAGCCGCUGACAGUGACCAAAAUGAGAAGGUAACAUGUAGACCCUUGGAGCUGUCAAUCAUGAAUAUACCCAGCUUGCCCCCACCUCCUACACCAGGGGUGUGCAGUUGUGGUCCCUGAGAGCCACAAAGUACACUGGUCCCUGUACUACCUGAGUUCUUAAUUACUCCUAAUUAUUCAUCAGGAUUGUGAUUGCUAAGCAUUGCACAGUUCAUAUCAUGAAUGCUUUUUCUGAACUUGCUAUAAUUAUUUUGAUCAUGAUAAAGCCAAAUUGUAGAUAAGUGUUACAUGUCCAUUAUUCUGAUGUUUUUUUUUUUUUUUUAAUGAAA